AUUUUUAACGUUGGAGGUACAAUCGUGAGAUGCCUAAAUAGUAUAGUAUGUGCAAAUGAAGAAGAAAAAAAAUCAUUCAAUCCCCUAAUGAAAAAGAUUUUUCGCGUAUGGCUCUGGGUUUUUUUUUUCUUUUUUUUUUAAUUUCAAUGUUUAAAAUCUCUAGUAAUAUUACGAAUGUCACGGAUGUUAGUCAAGGUAGAUGCUGUACAUUUCUGCCAGUUAGUGGGUUCCGACGACUGAGCUGUGAUGGAGGCAUAAUCGAUAUUGUGAAACAUUCGAUAUAGAGCUGUGAAAAAAUAUGGCCAAAUUCGGCGUUAAGGCUACCAUACAGUUUUAGCGAAACAUUAUUACUCUUUUUUUUUUAAUCAAUAAAUUCACAGAAACUCAACCUCAAAAAGUGAAUGCCUGUGACAAGGAAUUUCGUGCAAAUAUAUUAUGAUUGAGACAAGGGUAUGCUGUUACCUGUUUUUGUUAACAUUUCUGGAUUCAGUGCUACUAAUUAGACCGUCCUUUCACGGUCACAACAAUGAAGAUCUACCAGUGAUUUGACAAUAUGUUUAUUCUCAUCAAUUUCCAGCAUUUGUCCAGGAUGACAAGGAUGUCCAGUAUCUAUUGGAUAACAUACCCAUGUCCAUGCACAAGCAGGAUUUCACUGGGUCAGUGCACAUGGCUGGGGAUUCUAGAGUGGAUGACAAAACUCUACCGGACUCGGUAUCGUAUAUUCAGUUUGAGCCACGUGUCCUGGACUUCAAAGAGAGACAACUCGGAAUUCCCCACAAAAAGACGGUGAUUCUGUUGAAUCGUGAUGCCAAUAGGACAAUCCACUUGACAUCAAUUUCAGGUAGCACUCAGCACUUUCAUUCAUCCUUUUUCCAGGACAAAGUGAUUCCACCAUUGGGAAACACAACGUUCAACGUGAUAUUUCUUGGGAGAGAAGAGGGUGAAAUUGAGAGCCAGCUGUACAUUCACACAUCAGAUGGAACUUUAAGGUAUCAGGUGAAGGGCUCGAGCAUAAGUAGUCCGUACAGAUUGCGGCCCGUUGUAGGUGUUAAACUACCUCUGAAUGCAUCAUUUACACCUUUAAUUUAUAUGCACAAUCCCCAUUCGGAGCCUAUGCAAGUUGUAGAGGUCUACAGUAGCGGAGGUGAAUUUCAAUUAGAAUUACCAUCAGGUGAGGCUGAGGGGCCGCGUGAAUUAUGGGAGAUAGCACCAUACCAAACGAAACCAGUCAUAAAAUUACAUUUCAAUGCGUACGUAGAAAAGAAUCACACCGCUUAUGUGAGAUUCAAAGUAAACAAUAGCGCUGAAAUAAUGGUAGUUGCCAUUGAAGUGGAGGUUGGAAAUGGAGCUGGACUUCACUGGGGUGGUAAUUCAGCGUCGAUAAAUCUAGGAAUGGGUGGAUCACUCCAAUCACCUACUCAUUAUCCAAUUGCACUGAGAAAUUCAGCUAAGAAGGCAGUGAAAGUAAUCAACGUCAUCAGUACACCAGUGUCCAAGGCGUUGAGAAUAAACUUUGAAUCGACUGUGAUACCAGGUGAGACUGAAGGGCCAGUAACAAUUGGUACCUUGAUCUAUGAUUGGAAGGCUGGCUUGGAUUUGAAACAUUUGAAAGGUAAACUGGUGAUCAAGGGAAUCGGCCCUGGUGGCUCUAGUCAAAAACUCUCAAUUCCCUGGAUGGCGGAGGUACUUCAGGGUGGCUUAGAAAUAAAUCGAACAGUUGCACAUUACUGUUCACCACACUCUAAUCAGCCACGAAAUUUUAGUGUUGUUAACAGAUUCAAAGUACCACUUGCCAUCACCAAUGUAUCUUUAUCGUUAGAAGCUAGAUCGUUAUUUUCAAUAAAAAACUUCCUCCCAAGGAUUCUCAAGUCAGGACAGAAGGCCAAUAUAUUCACACUUAACCUCAACAACGAUGGUAAAAACGAUAAUACCAAAUUAGAAUCGUCGAUAAUAAUUCACUCAAAUGUAUCGACAACAGAGGUUCCAUUGCUAAGUUAUGAUGGUAAAGUGAAAAAAAUUAUUCCCGGUGAAAGGGAGAGCGAUCGUGGAACGAUGAAUUUUGGAACAGUGGGAAGUGGUACAGAAAAUGAAGCCAUCUUUGCUCUGGAAAAUCAAAAUCCAGUUAAUGUAGAGCUACACGGUUGGGGUGUUAAUAUGCCAGGAGCAGUGCUGGAGCUUAUGGGCUGUCAAAGUGGUCCUACUGAUCUUUUCAACAAAGGAGUUAGAAAUAUGAGUGUCUGUAGUAACACAGGCAAUCAGAGUAUAAAGCCUGGUUAUCUGGCAAUAUUUAAAAUAAAAGUGAAAACACCAAUGAUCGAGGAGGACACAAUCGUUGGUGAUGUUUUCGUUAGGACAACUUAUGAGAGGCUAACUAUUCCUGUCUACAUGCGAGUGGCUCAUGGGAGGAUUUCUCUGAAAAAAAUUACUUUCUCCGAUUGCUUUCCCGGUACGAUUUGCAUGCAACAGCUGAAAAUUCACUCGACAUUUUCACGCUCGAUGCAGGUUACAGUUAUAGCUCCAAUCGACAAAGAUAAUAGAGUAAAGUAUAUACCAUUGGAAGAACCUAACCUUCCAACAAUAUACAAAGGAGAAAAUCAAAUUGGCUCGAUUAAAAUUGAUCCAUCAGUGACAUGCACACCCCACUGUUAUCUGGGCUUAUCACUCAAUACAACAUCUGGUAAUCAGUGGUUGAAUACGAUGAAUUUACCCUCCCAUGCUAGAGACACUGAUUUAAAUUUGCUCAAUGCAAGAUACUCACGUUAUUUAAAUAUUUCCACUAAUUGGGAUAACAUAACCAUGCGUCUCGAUACAACCGAAGUACGUGGUCACAAAUUCUUUGUUAAUAUUAAGCCAUAUUGGCCAUCCUUGGUUAUCCCCUCGGAAGAUCAUAAUUAUAAUCAAAGAAACAAAACUCUCGAGCCAUUGACAUUUCCAUUGACCCAAGUUGGAAAUACAUCUUUCAAAAGUUUGACAUUUCGCAAUCCCAGCAGUACUAAACCACUCUACAUUCAGCUCGUCAUGGAUUGGAGUUAUCCACAGGGUACUAGAUUAUACCAUUCAUUACCAAAUGAAUUAAAAGCAGAGUGUGAGGGGUGUCCAGCUACUCUAGAUGGAGAAUUCAAGUUCAGCCAUCACCAAGAUGAACGCACAACUUUCCAAGAAAUAUUGGAUAUUGAAACAGCAGUGGAUUCGUUACCAUUCUACCUCAAUCCUGGUGAAUUUAAGACAAUAAGGCUCUCAUAUACACCAUCGACCGCAGUAUUCUCCUCGGGUUUACUUUACAUUCGAAACAACAUGACUAUUCUCGAGGUUAUACGAUUUAUGGGACGUGGUGCACAUGCACAAUUUAAAUUUGGUAAUAGAAAGGCCAAUUCAAAUACACCUCUUCUUUUUGAACUUGCUGAGAAGCAUCUCAAGGAUUGUGAACAACGAGAAACGAAAAAAAAUUCACUUCCAAAUUUGACAGUGAUACGUUCAUUCACUGCUAGAAAUACUGGCGAAUUGCCAAUUGAUAUUUAUGGUUUUUCAAUAAGUGGAAUACCCUGUGAAGGUUAUGGUUUUAAAGUACUGAAUUGUCAAUCAUUCAAACUCAAUCCAAACUCCACUAAGAAAAUUGAAAUAGCUUUCACUCCUGACUUCACUCUGUCUAAAAUUGAACGAGAGCUCAUGAUAUUCACAAGUAUAGAAUAUGAUGGGACAGAUUCUGACAGAGUGGAGAAUGGAAUUGUAAAGCUCUUACUCCUCACGACGAUUCCUGGACACAUUUUGGAAAGUUGUGCUGUUAUUUUAUCGAGACCCACCUGGGAACGUCCUGUACACUGGGCAGCUAUGGGUCUCUCUUCCAUUUUUUUUAUAUGUAUCCUAGUAGUAUCCUUUUUAGAGGCUGACAGAAUACUGAGAGGUGCAUUGGAGAAUAUAUCCAGAAAUAGUCCUGUGCAGCCUCCCUUGGAUCUCAGACAGUUGGCUACACAAGCUACACAGCUUUCUACACUUUCUACGGAGAAAGAUAAGCUAAUUGAUGAUAGCACUAGGCUUACAAUGAAGGCAAAGAAAGAUGAGCCCGAUUGGAUACUGAUGAAUGUUAAGAGAGGGGGUGGAAAGGAACCGAGAGGAUUGAAAAUACCAGAUUGGUCGGCUGAAGAGGAAAAACGUUUCAAAGUCGAUACAGAAAUGAAAGAUCAUACGAACACAAAUAAAUUAGAGCAGACAAGUGAGGUCAAUCACGAAACUGUUCAGCGCAAGAAGAAAAAACAAACAGAUAUUGUUAGUGAGAGUUUGCAAGACCACCAAAAUCAAGAACAAAAAAUUAAUUUCACAAAAGCCAGCCCAAUAAUCAUCAAUAAUAAGCUACAUAAUAAUAAGAAAGAGGAAAAAUACGAUGAUGGUGAUUCACUCAAUGCAGCAAAUGAAACCAAGGAUAAACGAAAAUUUUCAACACAGCACAAUAAUAGCAGUAAUAACAAUAACAACAAUAAUAAUAAUAAUAAUAAUAAUAAUAAUAAUAAUAAUAAUAAUGGUAAUAAUAAUAAUAAUAAUAAUAAUAGUAACAACAUCAACAAUACUGGUACGUACAAAAAAUAUGAAGGCAAUGCUAGUCAAAAAAUUCAAUAUUCUGAAGAAGAGACGUCAUCGACAACGACAGAGAGCUCAACUCAGGAGGAUCAAGUACCUUAUAACAAAGAACAAAUUUAUCAGAAACCUGAUAAAACCCAGCGUAAAACACCUCUGAAGAAAACUAAACAGCAGACAAGUCCAGUUGCAAAUGUAAUAGACUAUAGAGACAAUUACGAGGGUGACUGUGAUGAUGAUGACUACGAUAAAGAACGCCAAGAAAAUUCCUCCAGAUGGAAAACCAAUUCAAAUAAAUUGACAACAUCAACGAAACAUCACCAUCAUCAUCACUAUCAUCAUCAUCAUCAUCAUCAUCAGUCGCGAACCGCUGAGGGUGCACUAAGUACAUUUAAGCAAAUUAAGAAUAAAAAUCCAGUACGCAAAGAUAAGGUCACGCAGAAAAGACGAACUGAGAAACCAGUAAAAUUAGCCGCUACAGAAGUUAAAAAUGAAACAAGACCAGUGGCGAGAGCAUUGUCACCAGUCCCGGCACCACCUCCUCCAGCUUGCUGGGGUGAGAAUCGUCCUAGAUUUAGUGAUGUCGUGAUAAGAAAUCAGGAUUGCAUGUCUCCGGCGUUUAUACUCAAUAAGCCAUUGGUCGAUAAGGACGACUCCAAUGUUAUUAUUAAAAGUCCGGAUACAAGUCAACAUCAAACGUUGCAAGAUAUUUACAAACCCAAAUUGGAAUUUCACCCCGAUUUAUCAUUACAAAUUACGUCUGAACUUUACACUGGAAUAUCUGACAGCCAAGACUCUGCGUUUUGUUCAGAAUCCCUGAUAUUAGGGAAUCAUGAUGAGGAAUCAAGUAGCUACUUCUUGAAUUCCUUUGAUCCUCAGUUUGAACCUGAACUUGUGCCCUAUGAUGAUCUUCCAGAGACUGAUGAGCCCCUGGUUGAGCUCGAGUGUCUCGAAGAGGCAAUUCCUAGGUGUCAACUGUGGGGCGAUAAGAAUCCCAUCAGCAAUUCCCUGGUGGAAGGCAGUAAUUCGGGUUAUGGAAUGCAGGCGACUCCUAAACAUGUCGACAAGCUCACACCUCUUGUCGAUACUUUCAAAGAUAAUUGGGUUACUGUCGAGACUAAUUGGGAACCGUUAUACACGAGAGGGGCAGUCGGUGAGGAGAGAAGUGGAGUUUGGGGUGUCAAUACUGGGGGUGUUUGGGCAGCAGCACCCUGGGGAGCUUCAACACCAACUGUCUGUCCCCUUCAAAAUUCUUCAUCACAAUCAGCUGAUCAUGAUUUACCAGAGCGCUCAGGUUUCGAUCCUUUCCGAUCGCUCAGUACUAUAUGGACACCAGCAUCCACUUCUAAUUGGCCGGCCAAAAAUAACUAAUGGAGAAUAGGUAUUGGACAUUUUUUGAAAAAAGGAAAAAAGUACACGGUUGUGAUCAUUUUUUUUUCUCUCUCUCUCUCUCAUGGUCACUCUUCAAAUGUCGAAUGAAAUGUGAAAAAUCAAAUAAAACCAAAACCUUUUGAAGUGAACAUUUUAUUUCCUUCGUCUAAUGAAUGAAAAAUAAAUCGGAAUUAACAGCUGGACUGAAGCGCUGUAAUCAUUCAAUUCAACUGUACCUACUUUGUAAGACUGCUAAUUGUUGUGUUUCAAUAAAUCUCAAACCUUCAGUGAAA